UGUCGUCAGAGGAAAUAUACUUUAAAAAGACUGUGAAUGAAACGCAUUUUUCUCAGAAUAUAUCACGAAAAGAGCUCACACAAAGAUUUGGCUGAUGCUACAGCCGUUGGCUCUUUGAGCCAGAGCCUCUUGGAAUUAAUUCCUUACGGAAAUUUGAUGGCAGGAUAAUGGGGUACGAAUUGAACCGAUUCCAAGGUGAUGUUGAUGAAGAGUUAAUCUGCCCUAUCUGUAGUGGAGUUCUGGAGGAACCCCUGCAGGCCCCUCAGUGCGAACAUGCCUUUUGUUCGACCUGUAUUUUAGAGUGGCUGACACGACAACCCACCUGUCCUGUAGAUCGCAACCCUAUCACUCCCAACCAGCUCAAACCAGUUCCCCGCAUCCUGCGGAACCUGUUGUCGCGAUGUCAGAUCGCAUGUGAUAACGCCGGUUUUGGGUGCACAGCAGUGGUGAAACUGGACAUGCUGCAGUCACACCUCCAGGAAUGUGAGCACAACCCAAAAAAACCAGUCCAUUGUGAGCUGGGCUGUGGGCUGGUUGUGCCCAAAGAUGAGUUGAAGGACCACAACUGUGUUCGCGAGCUCCGCACUGUAAUGCAGCAACAACAACAGAAGAUAACAGAAAUACAGACAGAGGGCUCGGAGCACAAACUCCAGAUCAGCGAACUGAAACGCGAGGUCCACCUGCUGAAGGAGUACAUGAAGUCUCUGAGGGCGUCCAACCCUCGACUGAGGGAGAUCCAGACAGAAAUGGAGAACUCGGAUGUAUUAAGGUGGCUGAACAGCUUACAGCCUGCGCGGGUGACACGCUGGGGUGGCAUGAUCUCCACGCCUGACGCCGUGCUGCAAGCAGUGAUCAAACGUGCACAGAUGGACAGCGGCUGCCCAAGUCACAUCGUCAAUGAGCUGAUGGAAAACGCUCAUGAGAGGAGGUGGCCGCCUGGACUCAGCACACUGGAAACGCGCCAGCUCAACCGACGCCAGUACGAGAACUAUGUCACAAAGAGAAUACCUGGGAGACAAGCCGUUGUGGUGAUGGCCUGUGAAAACCAGCACAUGCCUCCAGAUUUGAUAUUAGAACCAGGCCUAGUCAUGAUAUUUGCUCAUGGAGUGGAAUAGGCUGGUAUAUACAUUCAUGCCUUCAUCAUCAGAGAGGGUAUAGGAGAAGGGAAGUAAUCCACAAACUACGCAGAAACAUGACACCAGAUGGCAGGACAGGGAAAUCACAAUACCAGUAGGAUUUGAGGAGGAGGUGGGGUUUUUUUCGAAAGGAAACCAAAUGAAGUCUCUUUUCUAACUUGAGUCCUGCAUUGCACCUGAAGUUUAGCAUAUUUCAGAUGUCACAGUUUGCUUAAUUCUGUUUCAUUCAACCACGUUAUGGGGCCACAUUGAUUGAUUGUCUUACUAUA